AUGGUUGCAGCUUUGACUCCAUUUCACUCCGAAACCACUGGUCGACGAAAGCAUCCCUAUGAGAGAUGUUCUCCCAUUUCCAGAUGGUGGUUCUACUCAUACAUGAGCCCAUUUGUGUCAGAGGGUUAUAGACGCAACGGUGACCUUCGACUUGAUGGCCUCCCACUGACCAAACCGCACAGCGAACCGAGCCUCUGGCUUGAAGCUUUUAUUGCUGCGAGGAGCCAGGGCCGUUCGACUGGUCAUGCAUUGUGGAAGCUCCUCCGUGGGCGGCUCAUCCUCAUGGCUCUGAUGAUGGUGCUCUGUGGAAUCACAGAGUAUAUGGGCGCUAUGGGGCUUCGAUGGCUGCUUUUGUACCUCCAAGACCCGGAAAGAGCUUUGUUUCGGCCAUGGUUCGCGAUCCUCUUGUUUGGAAUUGGUCCGAUUGUCAGAGGCCUGUGUAUGCAGACUUUCGAGUAUCUGUCCACUCACAGCAUCGGCAAUUUAAAGGCGAUGAUCAUCUCAGCCGUGUACGAGCGGCUGCUAGCCAGCCCAUUGAGCAAGACGCUUGACAUUGGCCGGAUUCAAAACCAUGUCUUGGUGGACAUCGACAAGCUGGCGACCCUUCGAUAUACGGUGAUGGCGCUGUUCAUGGUCCCUGUCCAGCUCCUUGUGGCAUCGCUCAUGCUCUACGAUGCCGUUGGAUGGGCAUAUCUGCCAGGACUCGCUCUCUUGCUGUGCACCCGAUAUCCUCUCUCCAAGCUUAUCAGCACCUCCCUUGGCGCCGUUCAAUCUUGCAUAUUGAAUAACUCCGAUGGUCGAAUUGCAAAGAUUACCGAGAGUAUUCGAGCCAUCACAACAAUCACCAUGCUGGGACAGGCGAAACCUUUCAUCGACCAAAUCUCGAAGAUCAGAAACCAGGAGCUACAGGCAAUUUGGAACAAGGCCCAGAUUCUAGCUGCAGCAGAAAGUACGUCGGAAGGAUUGGUUGUUGUGUCUCUGGCACUAUGUCUUGGUUUGCACACCCUCGUGCGUGGGAAGAAAUUGGAUGCUGAUAUCGCAUUUGUCAUGGUGGCUGUUUUCAAUCUCAUCAAAAAUAUGCUGAACCUGGCUGUGGUGGGAGCCAGUCAAUACACUCAAGCAAUUACGAGCUUGCAGAGGAUCUCGAGCUUUCUCGAUUCGGGCGAAUUGGUAUACGAUGCCGAGAAUGAGGGAGGUGAGACUUUGCCCAAGGAAAAUCUGUUACAUGCAGACGGCAACAAGCGCUUCGACAACCGAUCCGGAGAGUCAGCAGCGUCUUUGCUCACAAAAGGAGGCUUGAAUAUAAUAUCCGGCGAGACAGGGUAUCAUAUGUCGUCCUCCGUAGCCCUGACUUUGCUAAGUAUUCACAGGUCCGGAAAGAGCACACUGCUCCAAAAUUUACUGUCCCGGGAGUCUGGCGACAUGGAAGAUCUCGCGAUUGAUAUCAGCUCCUUCAGCUCCAUUUCAUAUGUGCCACAAAGACCUUGGCUCCACAGUGGAACGAUUCGGGACAAUAUCAUUUUCAACUCUCCAUGGAUGCCAGACCGUUAUGCGGAGACACUUCGUGUUUGCGGUCUCGACGUGGAUCUGGCGAUCAUGGAGGACGGUGACAUGACCGAUGUGGGCGAGGGAGGCACUGGCAUUUCCGGUGGACAGCGUCAAAGAGUCAAUCUGGCGCGGGCCGUGUACGCCAACACUGAAACGAUCAUUCUCGACGAUGUUUUGUCAGCUUUGGAUGCUAUCACGGCCCGAUGGGUGACUGACAAGUGCAUCCUAGGCCAGAUUCUCAAAGACAGAACAGUGAUUCUGGUCACAGAUUCACCUAUGUGUCUUGAGGUGGCUGAUACGAUAGUAUACACAGAGCAUGGACGGAUUCGAGAGAUCUGGCAUCGAAAAGUGCAAGACGAGUCAGGCCAUGCACCGACUGUCAGCAUCCGCGCAAAAGCAAUGUCCGAGCCUGAGAGUUCAGUACCCGGCUCGCUGGAAGACGUGGAUGCCUCUCUCCUCGACGUCGAUCCAUCAGAAGAGGCAUUCCUGAUUGGAGAAGGUACUAAUGCAAACAUGAUACGGGGUGCAGACAAGUCAGAACAGAUCCGUGAUGGGCUUAUCGGGCAAGCCUAUGUAUUCAGGUACAUUCGGAUGUUCGGCCACUGGCUCUAUAUCCUGGUCACAGCUGUGGUUAUCAUAGCUGCCCAAGCCAUCGACAUUGGUCUCCCAUUCUGUAUUUCCCUCUGGUCUCAGUCGUACAACAAGACCACAAAGGUCCGAGAUGGUGUCUAUCUUGGAAUUUACAGCGGGCUGGGGACUUGCCGAGUGUUCAUUACCGCAGCCUCGCUACUUUUGGUGUAUAGAGGAGCCUGGAAGGUUGGUCGCCGCGAGCACACCCAGCUUCUCAAUACCAUAUUUGGAGCAACAUAUGGAUGGCUCGUGACAACACCUGCCGGGCAGAUUAUCAACAGAUUCGUGUCAGACAUGGUUUCUCUUGACGAUACAUUGAUCUCGGCUCUCCGCCCGGUUCUCGAAACAUACUUGUCAAUUGGGUUCCGCAUUCUGACGGUAUCAUUCCUGAUCCCAUCGUUUCUUAUACCAUCUGUUACAUUUGUCUCGCUGGCAAUUUUCAUCGGGAAGCGGUAUAUGUACGCAUUCACGGCGUCCAAAAGACUCUACGCCAUAAGCCUGUCGGCUCUCUUUCACAACAUCACCGAGACUGCUUCUGGAUUGACCACAGUACGUGCGUUUCGGGCAGAAUUGGCCUCGAGGGUGCGCUUUCAAAAACAAGUCGAGCAGCAUGUCCGAGCAUGGCAGGCAGUCAGUGACUGUCAGCGAUGGCUAGCCGUGCGGAUGGACAUGUGCACGUCGUUGACCGCAUUCUCCGCGGCUAUCCUGGCAUACUCACACGCCGGAUCCGACCCAUCCAUCGUUGGUUUCAGCUUGACGACCUCAACGUCCCUUUGCACGGCGCUCCUCUACUUGACAUAUCUCUCGACUCUUUUGGAGGUGGAAAUGAACAGUCUUCAGCGCAUCGAAGACUACAUCCACGACGUGCUCCAAGAAGAUAGAAGGGGAAACCCCGAUCACCCUGUCGGGAAAGGAUGGCCUCAUCGAGGCAAGGUCAGCAUACAAGAUCUUACCGUCGGCUACGCGCUUGAUGGACAAGCAGUGCUGAAGGGGGCUAGUCUUGAAGUCGAGGCUGGUGAGUGUGUCGCUCUUGUGGGGAGGACGGGAAGCGGGAAAAGCUCCCUCGCUCUCAGCAUGUUGCGGCUCACCACCAAAUAUUCGGGCUCGAUCAAGAUUGACGGUGUGGGCAUCGAGCAUAUCGAGGCCGACCUGCUGCGGCGACGCAUCAGCCUGAUUCCUCAGAACCCGGCAAUCUUUGAGGGUACGUUGAGGUUCAACAUGGAUCUGUGCGGCCAACAAGACGACGCCACCCUGAAUUCCAUCCUCCAGCAAGUCAAGGUGCAGUCGGCAUCGGACGUUAGUACUCCACUCACCCUUGACUAUCACGUCACGUCCGGGGGCGAGAACUUCUCUCAGGGUCAACGACAACUUAUCUCUCUCGCUCGUGCAAUGGCAGCGCAGUCAAAGGUUGUGGUUAUCGAUGAAGCCACAGCCAACCUCGAUCCUAUUUCCGAAGAACGCAUACAAGCACUCAUCCGCCAGAAUCUGCGUGACUGCACCAUCAUAGCCAUUGCCCACAGACUCAAAACGGUAUUGGACUUUGACAAGGUGGUUGUGCUAAAAGAAGGAAGAAUAGUUGAAGCUGGGGUUCCAAGAGACUUGGUCGAGUCCAGAAGAGGUGAAUUCUACAGUAUGCUUUGCCAGCAGACUGUCAAGGCAAAUGAUCUGGUGGGAUAG